AUUAUUCUGGUCGUUGCUGGAUUUGUCAAUUUGGCACUUUCAUUCUAUGAACCUGAAAUGCAAGCUCCUGUUGAAGAGACAACUACCGCAGCAUCUCUUUUAGCUGGAACUUUCUUGAAUAACAUCACUGGACAUGAUCUACUAAACUCGAUUCUUCCCUUUAACACCACGACACCGGAACCACCUGGAGAAGGACAUGGGACAGCUUGGAUAGAAGGAGUCGCCAUUCUACUCUGUGUCGUUGUUGUUGUACUUGUGACAGCAGUCAAUGACUAUUCGAAAGAACGACAAUUUAGAAGUCUACAGGAAAAAAUCGAAACCGGUCAAAAAUUCUCUGUAAUUCGCGAUGGUGAGGCUAUUGAUGUACCUGUUUCGGAUUUGGUUGUUGGAGAUAUUGCCCGAGUAAAAUAUGGUGAUCUUCUACCAGCUGAUGGAUUUUUACUGCAGGGUAACGACCUAAAGGUAAGAAAUGGAUGCCUCAGGAGUAAUACAUAG